CAAUAUUGAGCAAGUUUUUGUGUGUGUUUUUCAGUUGAAUAAACUGGUGUGGUAACUACUGGGCCUAAGAGCCGCCACUCUAAGUGGCGGAGCUUUUGUACUAUUAGAGAAGAGCUGUCACUCCAAGGACUCAUACUAUCAUAUUUCUUUAACAAUUCAUCCAUGGAGAAGAAACAACAAGACUCAUUAUUCACAAAACUACAUGUAUUAUCAAUUAUCCUUGUCAUAGUAACACUCUUUGAAUUCGGACAUGGUGAAAAUAAAAGAGAUCAAGUCCGGAUGCUAAUGUCAUUGCAGCAUGCUAAAAUGUAUCCUCAACACUUCUUUGAGAAUUCUAAGCCAUGGGCAGAGGCAAAUUUUACAGAUGUAGAGGAAGGCGAUGAAGAUAUGGAAUCCUUUUCAGAAGUGGAGAGAAGAACAAAAGAAGAAGAUCUGAUUCUGGGCGGCCUUCCCGGGCAGCCUCCAUCAAGUUUCAAGCAAUAUGGAGGGAUUGGAGGCUAUGUGAAUGUGGACAAAAGGAAUGGCAGAAGCCUUUUCUAUUACUUUGUUGAAUCUGUUGACAGUCCUGACACCAAGCCUCUUAUUCUUUGGCUUAAUGGAGGUGAUCUUUUUUUUUUUGAGAGGAAAUGGAGGUGAUCUUUUAGUUCAUAAAGUUUUCUUUAUCACUUUAAGAACUUACUUCUGUUUUUUUAUUAUUUGGUAUUCUUUUCGUGAUGUAUGUGUUUUGAGAAAGUUGUUAGUAAUAUGAGAAUUACAAUUUUAACUUUAAUUUCAGUUAAUUUCAGUUGUACAUGUUAUUAAUUAGUUUUGUA